AUGUGUAACUGCAUGAUGCAGGUUUUACAGCAAUUCUUUCACUAUAUAGAUCUACAGUGCCUAACCAGCAACCAGUAACACCUUCCACACAGGACAAAGAUUUUGACAUUACAGAGUUAUCUGGAUGGCUUGAGAUUUAUUGCAGAUAGGGGGUGGGACUGGGAGCAAAGAAAAGGCAGAGCAGUUUUAGUGGAGAAAUCCCAGGGCUGCAAAGGGACUUUCUGGACCAGGCCAAGUGGAAAAGAUGUGCUUCUAUUAAAAUCCUGUAGCACUGGAUGGCAGCAUCUGCAGGCAGUUACAGGAGCCAGAAACGUUGCUGCUGCUGAUGACUUGCUUAUUCUUCUACUGUUUGCCUCUCUGGGCUGUUUGCGUGGUUUUUGCAACUUUACUGAGACCACUUCAUUUUAUGUCAUUUUUAUCUCCUUCCAGUAAAGCUUUUGAAUCAAUUUGGUUUUUUUUUCUGCCAGAUAUUGAAUGCUGAAACAGUUAAGGGUGAUUUUCCUUGCUCUGAGCUGUGCUGGAAGUAUCCAAUGCUACUUGUGAUUUGACUGAAAAGCUGUAGGCCUGUUAAGAUCUACAGGAACAAAUGGUAAAACUGGCUGCAACACCGUGCCUACAGCAGAGAGCUGAGACAACAAAUUGUUCUGAAGAGUUAUUAGUGAAUGCUGAUGGGUUUUUCCCAUACAAAAAGAAAGAUUGCAAUGGUUCCUGCACCUGCAAAGAGUAUCCUAGAAACAUCACCGGGGAAACCGUGUGCCAGGACUCUUUUUUUUUCAGUGCUUUUUGUUGAAAGUAAUCGCAGUUGGAAAACAAAGGUCAAGAGCAAUUUGAGCUUUCCCAAAUGCAAUAGCUAAACUCAUUACUGAAAGAAAUGUUUGUGUUGUUGUUUUCUGCUGAAAGGCUAAAUAUCAGGUUCCCGAGUCAGCCAGCAGGCUAUCCAAUUGCAGCUCAGCCAAACCUGAAUGUCACUCAAUCUCAGAUGUCACCUCUCACUUGCGGGAAAAUUACAGUUAGCAUUUAACUCCAGCUUUUGCCUCGUGAAGUAACCAGCUGGUGCUGAGGAUAGCUGGAGCUUUCUCUGCAACAGAGAACAGGGAAGAGAUCACAAAAUACCACCAGGUGUAGGGAACAGAUCGUUGGUCUAAAAAAAGGGGAAGAAAAAAGCCUGUUAUUUUUUUUUGUCUGAGAAGGUAUAUGUUGUCCUGUCGUAAUGCAUGCGCAGACCUCAGGUGGUACACUCCCUGCUCUGAUGAAUCCAUGCUCACUAUCUCUGUCUAUUCCUCUGGUAGAAGGAAUCUGCUGUGCCAUAUCAGACAUGAAUGCAGACCAAACCAUGGUCACACAGAAAACUUUAGUGGAGCAGUUAGUGAAAAGGUAUCCAGGCAUUGCAGUUCCCUCCCAGAAAAUCUUACACAACAUCCUUGGCACUCUAAUUAAAGAAAGGAAGAUCUAUCACACAGGAGAGGGAUAUUUCAUCAUUACCCCCAACAUGUACUUUGUCACAAAUGAUGUUGCAGAAUACAAUAACAGGGGCCAGCGGACAAACAGUGAGGAUGCUUACCAGGCAACCUGGGAAAGCUGUGCAGACCCAGGGGAAGAAAACAUUGCUAAAGUAUCCCGUUGUCUCCCUGGCCAGAAUAUGCUCUGUGAACAAAGACUUGAGCAGCUAAUGAACCAGGAACCUGAGGGAGGAGGCAAGAAAGGCUGCAGUGACGGAAAGCCUUUGAUUCAAACUCAGGUCAUCUCUUCAUCAGCUGAAAACCGUGCCUGGGACACCAUGAAAACCCUGACGUCAGUGAAAGAGAAACUGAAAUGUAGAAGAUUUGGCCUUGGCCUUUUCUGGAGAAGUACUUCUAAAAAAGAAAAACAUAAGGAGUACUCAACGUUUUCAGCCCAGUUUCCCCCCAGCGAGUGGCCGGUCAGAGAUGAAGAUGACUUAGAUAAUAUUCCACGUGAUGUCGAACAUGAAAUCAUCAGGUGUAUUAACCCCACUCUUACCGUUGAUAAUUUGAUUAAACACACAAGAUUAAUGCAAAAGUUUGAGGAGAGGAAAACAAAUACCACUAAGGAUAUCUCGGCUGAAGUGUUAACACUACAGCAAAAGUAUCUUUCAAAGGAGUGUGUUCAAAAGGCACAAAUUAGAACAGCAAAACACAAAAGGAAAAAGAAGCCAAACAGAGAGAAGCAAAUCAGCAGAAACAACUUGAAACCUCAUGUGCAUGAGCCAACACCCCAAAGUGAGAAGCUGGAAGAGAACAUUUCACUGCUUGUCACAAACCAACAGCCGCUGGAUGCAGCAGUGGAAUCCCAGGUCCUAUAUAAAAAGCAAAUUAAGAAUCCUUUUCAGGGUCUCUCAUGGAGACACAGCUUUUAUGCAAAAGCAUACAAGGGUCGUAUUAACAGCCAGCAGAAGUCCAGGAGACGAAAGCGGGAAAGAGAUUUACAAAGGCUUACAAAGUCCUUGGAGUCACCCGGAGCCUCCGAAUAUGAAGCUGAACAACUGCUUGCUGAAGUGCAGGCUGACAACACUAAGCAAAACAAAUCACCCCAAGCUCAUAGGUUUUCCUUCCAAUUAAAGAAAAACAGCUUAAGUGACAAUGUCAGUUAUCUGCACAGCAGUACUUUGCGAAUAGAUGAUAAACAUAAAUACUUUCUGGAGAGUAAUGUUUCUGAAGACAACAUCUGCAGAGGAACUGUGAAAAGAAAUCCUGGGAAUAUUAAAAAAUCCCCAGACUUCUACACUGAAGAUAAAAGUGUGCGUAAAGAAAAAGCAAAACAUUUACUACAUCUGAAAGGUGAAUGUUGCAGGUACAAGGCUGACGCUGUUGGUGAGUUGUUGGACCAAGCAGCAAAUGAAUUUCAAAACGUCCACCUCUCAAAUUAUACAACCAGUGUUACAAGGGAAACAGAAUUUGGUGUGACACACAGACAAAAGACUGAUAAAAAGAAUGAACUUGUAUUUAAAUACGACUGUACCAACUGUUCUGGAUCAACAAAGCUGGAAAGCAACAGAUUUACCAACAGAUGCCAUCUUCAGAACCAGAAGGUACAUGAUUGUGACAAGUGUAGUUUGUUGCAUCUGGAUGACAAUUUUGAAUGCAAAGAACCACAUCAGUUGCUUUCUUGCCAUGCAUUUUCAGUCGCAAGAGACUGGAGUAAAGCUGUGCAAAAGAUGGGGACUGCUCUAAAAAUCUCUAAGGUUAAUAUUUAUUCAAACCAAUACAAUACAACUGUAAAUAGGUAUGACUCUGGAGGGUAUGGAUACAAGGGAAGUGCUGAUUUUACAGAAUCAACUUAUGGCUCAAAAAAGCAUCAAAAGCCAGACCUCGCAGAAGAAAGUUGUUUGUGCAGCCAGGUUCUUCCAAUGGUAUCCAGACAGGAGAAAGAAACCAGCUUUACUGAAUGCAUGAAGGCUUCAGCUGUAGAUUUUUGUGACACUGAUGAGGCUGACGCUUUGCAGAACCGCACCUGUGAGAUGGCAGAAGUAGUGCCAUGCCACAAUCUGGGCCCACAAGCCAAAGAAGCAAGAACCCCCCCAGGAAUAACAGGUCUCAUUUUAAUGAAUGAAUACACUGUGAUACCAGGACAGAAUCACACAGGAGGGGCAGAAAACCACAGCAUUACAGGAGACAGUGGAAUUGACUCCCCAAGAUGGACUGAAAAGAAGAUGAAGCUUCCUGCCAAACUCUGACAGCAUCAAUAGCAAUGUACGGAGAACAUACAUUCUAGCAAUGUAUGGAGAGUGGAAGGGCAGUGACAAAAAGUGCUUUGUUUCAGCUAAUUCUAGCCAGGAAGGCUUGCUAAGUUUUUAAUAAGAUGUCAACUUUUUAUUUCUAAUAGUGCAAGCAUACUAUAAUUGCGCUUGGUGAUGUCUGGGGCUGCCUGUAAAUAUAAGCCUUUUGUUAACAUUUUGGAGAUAUCAAUAGCAGAAAUGUAUGGGGUUUUUUUGUUUGUUUGUUUUUGCACCUCCUCGUCCAAUAAAAAUGAGGGCUGACA